CUAUCGCCUCCUUUGCGCUUCUUUGUUGUUUUGAGCCCGAGCGAAUUGAUUCCGCGCAGAAAAGACAGAAUAAAGAGAUUCUGUGUGUGUUGUUUUGUAUAGUCAACAACUGAUUGGUUUAAUUCAGCAACUACAGCACCUUCGCCCGCCUCAGCCGUGCCUGUUCCUCGCUCGAUCCUGAUCUAAUUCCAUCCCCGCACAAUGGCCGACCGAUAUUCAUUUUCCCUCACAACAUUCUCUCCGAGUGGCAAGCUUGUUCAGAUUGAGUACGCCUUCAAGGCAGUAGACCAGGGCGUCACAUCACUAGGAAUCAAAGCCCAGAACGGAGUCGUCCUCGCGACAGAGAAAAAGUCAACCUCAGACCUAAUCGACGGCUCGUCGCUCGAGAAAAUCGCAAACAUCACGCCCGACAUCGGCAUGGUCUACAGCGGCAUGGGCCCGGACUUCCGCGUGCUGGUCGACAAGUGCCGGAAAUCGUCGCACACAAACUACAAGCGCAUCUACAACGAAUACCCGCCCACGCGGAUCCUCGUGCAGGACGUCGCGCGCACGAUGCAGGAGGCCACGCAGUCUGGCGGUGUUCGUCCCUACGGCGUCUCUCUGCUCGUCGGCGGAUACGACGCCGACCACGGGUUCUCGCUCUACCAGGUCGAUCCGUCGGGGACGUAUUUCCCGUGGCGGGCGACUGCGAUCGGCAAGGGCAGUACCUCGGCCAAGACGUUUUUAGAAAAACGAUGGACUGAGGAUCUGGAGCUCGAGGACGCGAUCCACAUCGCUUUGCUGACGUUGAAAGAAUCGAUCGAGGGCGAGAUGAACGGAAACACGGUCGAGAUUAGUAUCGUCGGACCGACGUCUGACCAUCUGCUUGGGUUCGAGGGUGUCGAGGGCGUCGAGGGGCCACGGUUCAGAAAGUUGAGCGCGCAGGAGAUAGAUGAUCGGCUUGAUGCUCUUUAGAGUGUUUUCAUUUAUAUUCUACGAUAGCAGCAGAAAAGAUGUGA